CUUCCGGGUUGCUUCUGGUCUGCGUAGCUGAGCGUCCACAAAUGUUUUACUGUUUAAAUCUGUGGUUUAAAUAUGAGUCGACGGAAGAUUUUCAAAACGGAGCAUUUGCAAAGACAAGUCUGCAGUCGUCACUUCGCUACGGAUCAACUAAUAGAGCCAAAAACCCUUGAUGGCCGUAGGAGGCUUGUGAAAGGUGCUGUCCCAACUCUGUUUGAGUGGAAUCACUUCACUGCUCAAACACCGCGGGCUAGUGUUUGGGAGAGAAGGGAGCGGCCCACUGAACCAGUCUCUCGGGAGGAGCAGGAAGAGCACAUCGAUGUCCGUGACCAUGAUUACUGCUCAACCCCUGAACCAGCUUCACUGGACAUGUCCUCUCAAGCUACAGAAUACAACUCCAAAACAGUGGAGGAUCUGCAGAAGCAACUGCAGGAGUUAAGAGUCCAGCGAGAGUUUUGCUUACAGCGGUUUGCUGGCUCCGACGACAACAUCCGAUUCUAUACCAGAUUCCCGAGCUAUAACCACCUGAUGGCUUUCUGGUUUUUGAUUGAGCCUUCCAUUUAUAAAAUGGUUCGUGUUACAAGAGCGAUAUCAGCUGCCAAGAGGAAUGAAGAAGUGGUUACACACGCACGUCCAUCAACGAGACAGCUGCUUCAGCCAAUUGACGAGUUCUUCCUUUUUCUUUGCUUCCUGUCGGUGGGUUUGAAAGAGAGGGACCUUGCAAACCGCUUCAACGUACACCAGUCCACUGUGAGCCGCAUCAUUGCAAUAUGGACGAGUUUUCUUACAACUUUAUUGGGGUCACAGUGCAUCUGGCUUACACCUGCAAGCCCACCUCCCAGAGGCAUUCAAAGAUUUCCCAGACACACAGGUGAUCCUGGAUUGCACAGAGCUGAGGUGUCAAACACCAUCCUCACUCCUCCUCCAAAGUGA